AUGGCCAGGGAAUCUCAACCCGCCCGGUCUGGAGAAGGUAUGGCCGUCAGGGGGGUGGAAGGUGAGCGAGUGAGACUGUGUUGUCCUGUCCCGAAAUGGUGUUCACUCGUCUGGUUUCUUCGCCCCUCAGAUCCGAGGGAAGCGGAUGGCGAGCUCCACUUGCACAUCGUCCUCUGGCCAGAACAGGUGAAGCCUGAAAUUCCCAGACUGGCAGAGUCAUGCCUCCGCCUCUCCCACUGGCUCGCCAGACGAAAGGAGUGUCGGUCUGCUCAACAUGGACUAACAAACGCUGGGACAGGUGAGGAGUGA